AUGCUGUUGCUGCGACGGGGGAAAAAAGUCGACAGGGUUGUCGACAAUGUACAUCCAUCUUUGAUGGAGCAAAAAAUACACCCUAAUCUCGACUCCCUAGCAAAGGAGCUCGAGAUGUCUCAAGCACACCGUUACCAUCUUCCAGACAGCCAAGAGUUCGGUAGAGAACGUCUCGAAAACGACAUGGCGGGAAUUGGAGGGCUCCAACCCAGCACGAGAAGCCGAAAAUUACAAAAGGAAGUGCUUUGCAUGGUCAUGGACAAUAGCGGGCCCGUGUCAGAUCAUUAUUCGCCUGAGGAAGCAAGAGGUGGCCUGGUAGAAGGGCACAGUGGUCUUUCGCAUCAGGAUCAAAAAGGGCCACAAGAGCAAGAUACAAUAAAGCAUAGCCCUUCUCAGCAUUCGGACAGGAUUCAUCUAGGAGUCGAUUCCUCCCAAGCAGCGACAAAGACCAGCACUAUCAUGAGAUGGUCAACAUUCGGUAAACGUCCCGAAUUUGGUGGCCGCACAUCCAAUAAUCCUGCGAUAGAACAAGACAUUCCUUCACCACACACAUUCGGCAUGCCUACGCCCCCACAAUCGUCUUCCAAAAGCACUUCGUACUUUACUUUCAAGGACGACCCUCCUCCACUGCCGCCGCUAGAUCAUCCCGCUUUCCAAGGAGGGUCAAACACAAUUAGGGUCGCGGCACACAUGCAUAAAUUUCCCGAAUAUCCAGAAGUAGAUGAACAUGGCGCCGUCUUAGGCAACUAUAGGCGAUUCACUAAUUCACUCCCGACAUCAACACGCCCGAACAUUGCCACAGCGUCGAUAUUUUCAACUCCAAAAGGUAUUGUCAAAAAGCAAGCGAGGCCAAGAUCCAAAUCAAGUUCAGCGGAGGGAAAGGCAAGAGUAGAUAGAGAAAAUCCCAUCUCAGCUGAUCGUUCCCCUCACCCAAGCAAGUUCAAAGUGCACAGAAGGAACCAGAGCAAGAGCAGCAUUGCGAGUAGCAGAAGAUCCAGCGCCGAGUACAGUGCGAAACAAGCAUCGUCCAUAGGACACGAGCAAAUGGAAGAUGGAUGUUGGGAGAUUCAGGUAUCUAAGGAGAUGGUCCGACUUGCGCUGGGACUCGAAGGAAUACAACAAAGAGUUGUUGAAACAAAACCGUUGAAGUCGAACAGGUUCAAGACGCGACCCAGUCAAAGCGUGCCUGGCUUUGGUUCCGCAUAUGGAAGGGCACGAGGCGAAAACUGGACUGGAGAGGCGACGCGACUGGGCUCUCCCUUUCUUCUGCAAGAUACCCUCUCAGAUAAUUUAACGGAUAAGCAAGUAUCCAACGACCUUAUUGCAAGGCUCGGGUCGACCUCUGGACGCAGAGUAUCGAGCCUAGUCGCAGAAAAUUGUUCACGAGACGACGUCAUGUCCAAUGGAGAAUCGAAGAUCUCCCCCACUGGCUCUUCAGCAAACAACAAAACUAGAAAUGAAAAGGAAAGGAUGGGAAGCGGGGCUACUUCCUCUGGUUCUCAAUCGCGUAAAGGAGGGAUCAGAGCAAAAAGUACACCUUCACGAACGCGGACGCCAUCGCCACAGCCUUCAAAGCUUGACACUGGCUCCCGUUUAGGCUCCAUUCAAGGCUCUUCUUCGCUUCUCGUACCACCCUCACUAUCGGUCAUCGCUGCUACUCCCGAAGCUUCGCCUGUGUCGCCGUCGCGCAGGACGUACCACAAGUCGACCCCGACCAUGCCUACCUCUUCGGUCUUGAAGACGCCAAGCACCCCGCCUGUCAUUGAAAAGUCACAUUCAAGUGGGUCGGCGUCUGGCAAGCGAAAGGCGGAUGAAGCAGGUGUGGGUGGCGAUAAGACACCGCCCAAGGAGCCCAAAGAACCUCGCACAACGUUUGCACCUGAACCUCGGACCCAUCGAGCUUCUGGACAUUCUGCGACCUCGACACAUGCCCCAUCGUCAUUCAAUCGCAGUAAACGAGUGCGUCUGACUAGUAUACCAGACGGUCGGCCAGGUUCUCGGUCGGCCUCGCGCGCUGGCAGUACUCUUCCCACACCCGAUGACAGCCCGCCGAAUGCCAAGUCCACGGGGUCAUGGUCUAGCAAAGGAAGUCACGGACCGAUGUCAGCGUCGUCCCAUGGUUAUAUUAGUGGUGGACCUCCUCCAGCUCCGUCGGCGAGUUAUGGGUCGCACUUGCAUGGUUAUCGCGCGCCGUCCAGGCGAAGUCUUUCCCAGGCGUCAAUCCCCAUAUCUGCACUGAUUUCUCCUCAUGCGCCUUCCAUCAGCCAUAGUGGAACAUUUCACAUGCGGGACCCACGGAAACCAAGUCCAGUUCAGAGCACUCCGUGGUCACUGUCGUUCCCUUCGUACGUACAGGAAGGAGAAUCGCGGUGGUCGAGGUCGGGAUGGGCGGAAAGAGGCGGAAGUCCGCUGCAUGCUUGGUUAUUUUUCAUCGGAUUUCUCAUUUUCCCUCUUUGGUGGGCCGCUGCGUUAUUUAUUCCUAUCCCCUCUACGCGACGGCUCGGAGGUACAGAUGCGGAGAAAGGUGUAAUGCUGGACGAUCCUCAGGUUGAACAUGAUGCCAGGUCAUGGCGAACCCGAUGUCGUGUCAUGGCUAUUAUCUCUCUGUUCACUUAUAUCCCUUUCAUCGUCCUCGUCGCAGUCUUUGCGUAA